UGUCCUUGGAUAGCCUUUGAAGUCUAUUUUCAUAUUUGAGUGGCCUCUGUUCGAGAGGAGAGAGUUAUCUUACAAAAAUCGAGCUGGAGUGAGCUGUGGUCUGUAAACUCGAGCUGUGAGAGUGCUGAUACUGUUGGAUUGAUAUCUCAAGCUAUACUAAUCCAAUUAAGGCGUGUGAGAUACCACCAGAAAGCUCUCAAGACGAGGAAUCCGUGAAGGUCUGGUUUGCAGCAAUCGGAGUAGUGGAAGGCUUCCAAACCGUCCGAUCAAAACACAACCUCGCAGAAACGGAUCUACUCUUCUAAAGAAACGAGUUAGCCGGAAAACACCCAUUCUAGGGGCUGUUUCGUAUCAACGAUUAGGGGUUGAAAUAGCAACUUGAGGAGGCUGUUUAACACCCAUUUUCAAGCAAGGAACCAGUUCUCAUCUUCCUUGGCCGUGGCUUUGGUCAUUGGAUUGAGAAGGAAAGUUUUAAAGCUCAUUUGAGGUUGAGGCUAGAGCUUGCUUCCUGUGCUCGUUGCUCGAGAGAUCAUCUAGGAGCGAAGACUUGGUUCGUGCUUCCUCCAUUCGGAUUUUAAACAUUAAUAAACAUGCUCAUGGAUAUUUUACUAUGGAGCCUGCGUGCUCAUGAAUAGCCCGGUGUGGCCUUUUUGUUUUAAACAAUGUUUUCCGCUGCAUUAUGAAUUACUUAUUAUGUUUGUUUAUGGAUGGCUUACGUGUGAAUGAUAUUCGAGACGCCUUGUAUAAUAUGAAUGUGUUGGACUGCGGUUGACUAUUCGUAUUGUACGGCGGGUUGUUGACGUGUCCGGGGAGGUCCGGGGCGUGACAAUUAAGUUGGUAUCAGAGCCUUAGUCCAUAAACUUCAUAACGAAGUCUCAAAAUUCCUUUUUUCAAAAUGAUUUUGAAAACCAUGAGCAUAGAAAAUGUUUUGUACUUAAGAACUUUUGGUGUUUGAGUUGCAAGGUCUCUAAUUGUUAAGAUGGCGCCCUUAACGAUUGGUAUGGCGGUGACUUGGCCCAAGAGAUGUCUUAAGUGCCUAUCUGUCAGUUGACAUUUGAAACGAGUCUAAUGACUCAUUCUAAUUAUUUCUUUCAGCGAUGGAGGGUGAUGGUGGUAUUAUGAAUAGGGAGAACUCGGAAGGGCUUGCACCGGGUGGAACCGGGCAUGCCAACCGAGAAAAGCCCUUAGGACCAAAGGUGCAUGAAAUUCUUGAAGCUCAAAUCGUGAGUGGUGGUCAUGUUAAGACCAAGGAAGAAUCACCUUGUUAUGGCAAAACUGAACCACUCAAGGCUUCGGGUGACGAAAGAGAUGAUUUGAGUGAUGAGGACCUUGAUAAUGCACCCAUUGAACAAAUGGGCAUGGUCAUAAAUUGGCUUCAACGUGAACGUGCUAGGCUUAUACAAAAACGCCAAGCUAGGCAAGCUAAUGACGCACCAUUAGGAAGGAAAAGAAAAUGGGGAGACCACGACCCCCAAGGACAUUCUAGGAGGACAAAUGUUGAGGGUGACAAAACCUUCGGGGCACACACAUUAUCGCUUGGGAGGAGUCGAGGCUCGGGUGGCCAGAGCUCGAGGUCAAAAGGUUCGAGAGUACCUAAGUGCACAAAUUGUAAGAAGCACCACCCGGGUAAGUGUUGGGACCCUCCUAGGUGCUACCGAUGCAGAGAGAUCGGGCACACGAAUGCGAAUUGCCCACAACUUGUACCCGACCAAACUUUGGGCUCAAGUAGUACGACUAUAGGCAUACGGAGUCAAGCCGGGGCCUCUCAAGCAAGUAAGGAACAUGGCGGAGCAAGUGUGAGCAACGCGCCGUCUGUGAAUCAAGGGAGAACUCACGCUAGAGUCCAUGCGAUGGCGGAGGCGGAUGCUCAAGCUAACCCGGAUUCCGUUGCAGGUUGAGGCUAGAGUUUGCUUCCUGUGCUCGUUGCUCGAGAGAUCAUCUAGGAGCGAAGACUUGGUUCGUGCUUCCUCCAUUCGGAUUUUAAACAUUAAUAAACAUGCUCAUGGAUAUUUUACUAUGGAGCCUGCGUGCUCAUGAAUAGCCCGGUGUGGCCUUUUUGUUUUAAACAAUGUUUUCCGCUGCAUUAUGAAUUACUUAUUAUGUUUGUUUAUGGAUGGCUUACGUGUGAAUGAUAUUCGAGACGCCUUGUAUAAUAUGAAUGUGUUGGACUGCGGUUGACUAUUCGUAUUGUACGGCGGGUUGUUGACGUGUCCGGGGAGGUCCGGGGCGUGACAAAAAUGGUGCUAGAUGAAUUUGAGAUAUGGGUACAGGUCCAUAAUGUGCCGUAUAGUUUUGAAAAUCUGGGCACGGCAAGGAGAAUAGGGAACCAUCUGGGGGAAUUUAUCACAUGGGAUGAACAAAAAUUUAGCAGUAAGAAGGAGGCUUAUAUGCGUGUGAGAGUUCGUAUGAACACUGGUAAAACCUUAAAGGUUGGAACUACUCCAAGGAAAAGUAAGGGUGAAGGGCACUGGGUAGACUUUAAAUAUGAAAAGUUGCCAAGUUCUGCUUUUGCUGUGGUAUGAUUGGCCAUGAAGAGAAAUUUUGCCCCUUGUUGUACGAAAAGGAGGGACAACCUAUGAUUAAACCAUUUGGGUUGUGACUUAGAGCGGGUGGCGGGAGCUCAAAACCUGAUUUGGGAAGCAAGUGGCUGAUAACGGAAGGAAAUUCCUCUGGUGAUGAUUUGCACUUGUCUAAUACGGUGAAAUCAAGGCAGGGUUGGACUCGGAGGAGACAGGGGGAGCACCAAGGCGGAAGUGGGGAAGGGGGCGGCCUCAGGUGAGCUCAAAGAGGAAGGAAUGAUCGGAGAGCUGAAGAGAAGGCGCACUUGGGAGGACCAGGAGAGGGAGGGACUGGAAUGGAUGCUAUGGUGCUGGACUCUCCCAAAAACAGGGAUGGGGCAGGCACUGGUCUCCAGCCCUGCCAGAGGACCUGAUGCUGAUUAUUACGCUUUUAGCUGAAGAACUUCUUUAUCCUAGUUAUUUUGUUUUGUUUAUUUUCCACGUUCUAGAUGUUGUUUUUGCUUUGAUUGUGCUGGGUUUUUCCAGCAAAAAAACUUUGGAAACUGAAACAGGUAGUGAUGUGUCGUGUCUACAAGUCAUAGGCUCAGGUAAGCCCAAAGCGGGAUCAACGAAUUAUAUGGCUUCUACGGAGGUGAUUAAUUCAGAUUCUGGUCCUUGGACGGACGGUAGACAGGAGACUUGUCGUCACACAGUUACCUUGUUUAGUUUGGUCUGUUUGGUCCUUUUUGGUAUGAUAUAUUAAGCUAGUUUCGUUCAAAAAUACUAGCUUUCACUCAAGUUUUCCCCCACUAAAGCACAGAGAGAUUGUUUUCGUAUGACACAUAAUGAAAAUCGCGUUGAAAAUUGCAUGGACUGACUGCUACUUCAUAACAAAGGAGCGCAAACAGUUUAGUGAGUCAUUUUACUUU